UAUCCUUUAUUGAAGGAGCAGAAGAACACUACUGGGAGCUAGCUGAGUACCCCGCCCUGCAGAUACAUAUUCCUAGCCAAAAUGCCUCGUCGAAGUAGGAAAAACACCACCGUCUCAAGAAAUGUUACUGGGAUGGAACCCUCUGCAGAAGAAGUUGCUUUGCAGGAGUUGGAAUCCUGCUGUAGGCUUACAGUAGAGUCAGCUAAUAAGAGUGAUCUAAUUCAAACAGGAGUUCAAGAAGAGGAAACACUAACUGUUUGUGGUGACGUUCUGGGUUAUCAGAUCCAUCAGAAAGAAGGGAUAGAGAUUUGUUCAAAAUUUCUGAUUGGCAAAUGCCAUUUACUUUGUCAACAACACCACACAGUCUUUCCAUAUUCAUGGCAGCUCCGGAAAACAGACACUUUGGAAUGGUCAAAUGUAGAUGAAGGUGCACAGGAAGUUCUUGAAAGGCUAUAUUGUGACCCGAAUAGAGACCUGGUGACUGGUGUUUAUAAGGGACUUAAUUGUUCAAUGAACUUCAAUACCAUGGAGGUAUACCAAAGUAACACGUUAGACAGGAUCCGUCGACUUUCAACUUCUACUUCCAAAUAUGUUCCUUUCCAUACCUGCUACAAGUAUUACUAUGAAAAUGCUGAUGACAGUUGGCUUGAGUUUGAUCCGGACUUUGUGAAGAAAAUAGAGGAAGGUUUGGAAAUGGCCCAUGAUGAAAUUCGCUGCUCCAAUUCCUUAUUCGAAUAUACGAUUAACCUCAACAAGAUGUUUCAAGAGAACACACAAACUGGUACCAAGAGGAGAAUUAAAAAAAGGCCAGUGUUCAGAUCAUCAGUUGCGAUUACAACAGAGCUUGGGGCUCUCUCUAAUCCUUUGAAAAUGAGUUCCCUCCCUUGUGAUGACUUACAGCCCCCAAACCAAACAACAUUUAGGAAUCCUUACCCAGAGACAUGGACAAUUACCAACCCAUCUUCAACCUAUGAGAAAAUAAGUCUGAGUAGCAAAGACAAGGAGUUUUAUCAUGCAUACUUCCAUUUCCAUAAGACAAUGCCCGAAACUCAAUAUAUAAUUAUGCAGAUGUCAAGAAUUCAGAAUUACUUUCAGUGGGAGAAAUAUGUAAGGAAAAGGAUUUACAUGACUAAAAGUUGCACUGAAAAGGAGAAGAGUUGUAUAGAACGUCAUCUUUUCCAUGGUACAGACUCCACUACAGUUGAAGCCAUUUGUAAACAGAACUUUGACUCACGUGUUUAUGGUAAACAUGGGACCCUUUAUGGCCGUGGAUGCUAUUUUGCAAAAGAUGCUGAUUACUCACAUCGUUAUACCAGUGCCACAAACAGUGGUGAGCACUGCAUGUUUCUGGCCAAGGUCUUGGUGGGACGUCCUGCAGUAGGCUCCCCUUCACUUCGCCGUCCUCCAUCCCUAAACCCUGAGGACCCAGCCAGCCCACUCUAUGACUCUUGUGUGUCUCGAAUUAAUGAUCCAGACAUAUUUGUUAUAUUUGAUCAUGACCAGUUUUACCCAUAUUUUCUCAUCACGUACCAGAAGUUACAGGACAUAGUCAUUCUAGAGAGUUUGUAAUAGAUUAGCUUACUGAAGCUAAGAGGUACUUCAGAAUCUCUCUGUGUUAUCUGCAGAUAGCAACCCCCCCCCCAAACAUUCAGGGUUAGAUUACAAGUGGAGUACAAAAAUAUUUGAUAUUGUGCAUUAACAUCACUCCAGCAUAAUCAAUAACGCUUCUAUUUUUGAGCUCAAAUUAAAAGUCCAAAAUUAUUUUUAGCGAUCAAGUGAUAGUCUAGGAUGUGCUAACAUCUGCAUGUUGGUUACCGUGGCUGUACUAAAUCCCUACUAAAAUAUGUCUAGAUUACAAGUAGCGCACAAACUAUAGCGUAAGUGCGCUAUGUUUUUUUUUAGGCUCCCUAGCGUGUUUUCAGACUCUCUA